UGAGCGUCUGUCAGCUAGUAACAUGUUUGCUAAGUGAGUAAGUCAUGGUCAGAGAGCCUUUUUAAUAACAUUUCUCUCACUGUUGGAGUGAAUUUCCUUUCUAAAAUGAGAAAUCAGCGUAGCAACAAUCCCACCUGAGCCUUUAAAGCAGAGUUUCAUAAAUGUUUUUAUAAUUUAGUGUAGGUUAUUUUGACGUGGAACAUCAGCUCAGCCAGUAGACACGCUCAUCUUGGAGACCCUGUGGAAGCUUCUAGUGCCAGCUGUGGGGGGGUGGGAUGGAUCCUCUGGGUGCUCGCUCCCAGUUUGUGGAUAUCCAGACUCUUCCAGUGUGGCAGCAGCAGCUGAGUGAGGAGGCUGAGGAGACGCAGCUGGACCAGAGCGACAGCCUGUUCAGCCAGCAGCCCUUCCCUUCGCCCUUCCCCUACAGACCGGACAUCAACCGCAAGAUCAUCCUCUUCACUGGUGACGUCGCCCUGCUGAACUGCACUGCCAUUGUGAACACCAGCAAUGAGUCUCUAAACGACAAAAACCCGAUUUCUGACAGCAUCCAGCAGCUGGCUGGGCCAGAGCUGCGGGAAGAGCUGGUCAAACUCAAAGGAUGUCGGACAGGAGAGGCCAAGCUGACCAAAGGAUUUAAUCUUGCGGCGAGGUACAUCAUCCACACCGUGGGACCCAAGUACAAAGCCAAGUACAGGACGGCGGCGGAGAGCUCGCUCUACAGCUGCUACAGGAACGUCAUGCAGCUGGCAGCAGAGCAGUCGAUGGCGUCGGUCGGUUUCUGCGUGGUGAACACAACCAAAAGAGGCUAUCCGCUGGAGGACGCGGCACACAUCGCUUUCAGAACGGUGCGUCGGUUCCUGGAGAAUCAUGGGAACAGCAUAGACACAGUGGUGUUCGCCGUGUCGGAGACAGAGGAGCCUGUGUACAAGAAGCUGCUCCCGCUGUACUAUCCACGCUCCAAGGAAGAGGAGAAGGCCUGCCUGCCUCUCAUUCCAGCUGACAUCGGCAACUCUGAGGGCGAACCUGUGGUUCCAGAGAGGCAGAUCCGCAUCGCUGAGAAACCGGGCAGCCUGGAAGACGACUGUGCAGAGGAGAGCCUGGAGCUGGAUUUGGGUCAGGUGGGGAACCACGCCUUCGCCCGGAUGGAGGCCGACGUGGACAAGCAGAGAAAGCUGAUCUUACAGGGCCAGAUGUCAGAGGUGGCCAUGCAGAAACAGCACCAGAGGAACUACAGCCGCUGGCUGUGUCGAGCCAGAGCCGAGGAUCUGUCAGACAUUGCUGCACUGAAAGCCUUAUAUCAGACGGGUGUGGAUAUGUGCGGCAGGACAGUAAUGGUUGUGGUUGGGCGAAACAUCCCAGUCACCCUUAUUGACCUUGAAAAGGCUUUGUUGUACUUCAUCCAUGUGAUGGAUCACAUCACAGUGAAGGAUUAUGUGAUUGUUUACUUCCACACACUGACUGGGGAGCACAACCAUCUGGACUCAGACUUCCUCAGAAACCUCUACGACGUCGUCGACAUCAAGUACAAAAAGAAUCUGAAAGCCUUUUAUUUUGUACACCCAACGUUUCGUUCAAAGGUUUCCACUUGGUUCUUCACCACCUUCACUGUGUCCGGCUUGAAGGAGAAGGUUCGCUACCUGGACAACCUCCAGCAGCUGUUUAGCUGCAUCAAACCAGAGCAGAUCGACAUUCCUCCGUUCGUCAUGGAGUACGACGCGCGGGUGAAUGGACAGAACCACCCCAAUGAGGCCUCUGGUCUGUGACAGGAGACCAACCGGACCUCUAUGAGAGGCCGACGCCGUUAUGUGGACGUCAUUAAUGGACAUCAAACCGCCUCAGUGGUCUGAACUGCAGCGGGUAAAUCUCACUGCUGUUCUUGUAAAAAGGAGGAGUCGUCUCAGGUCAAAUUUAUCAUGACUAUGUGCUGACUGUCGGUCUGAGACCAUCGAUGGAUUAUUCCUCACUGAGUUUUUUUUUUAAUGCAUUUUCUUUAAAGCAAAUAAAGAGUCAAUCCUCAAAACCUUUCACUCACGAUCGAAUCGCACAACUUCAUCUCAUGGUUUAGAAAGACUGGAGAGAGAAACUUCUGCUAAGGGAGAGCAGCAGCUUAUUCAGCAGUAAUAAAUGUCAUUAUGACCGAAACGAGAAACGUCAGCCCAAAGAGGAGUUUAUUCAAGGAGCCAAAUGUUGUAGCUGUUUAAAGAAGUAUUUUAAACAACUACAAAUCAUAUCAACAUCAGACAUUUACAUAUAUAUUUGCUGUAUAUAUCUGAGGUUAAAAUAAAACAUCUGAUAUAUCGGGAGAUGUACUGACAGGUUUUUAAAGGGUCGCUGGUCUGCAGCUGCUGUAUGUUAAAUUAUAAAGUCCUGUUGUCUUUUAGAAAGUUUCCUCCUUUCCUUCUUGGGUUUGUGGUUCAGCUGAAAGACCGCUGAUGAACUGGUGCAGCUGUUAGCAUUUAGAACGAUAAGUAGUCAAUAAUAUAAUAAUAAUUCUUCAGUUAAGAACAAUUUCUUUAGUAUUUUUUCUUUUCAGCGGAUCAUUUCAGCUUUGCAAUCAGCAACAUUUUCUAUUUGUAGCUUGAAACAUUUUCAGUAAAAGCCAGGAGAAAGUAUACGUUUGCUUGCUUUAUUUCAAAAAGUGUUAACAUGCAUGUUUACCUUUUUUUUUCUUUCAAUCUAAAGUCCUUAAAUAUCCAAAUAUCGCAGAUCCACUAUCAUAGGUAAAAAAAAAUGCUGAACAAGUACUAUUAACGGGUAGAUGUGCAUCUAUCAGGCUUUACCUGCUUAUACUAGUUUUCUGUUUUCUUUAUGUUCAGAACGGAUCACAUAUUUCACAUGACCACUUUAUUUUAUUUACUGAGCUGCAAGUUCAUGGAUGGGUUGGUUUGAAUCCAAAAGAAAAUGACUGUUUCUUUUGAUGAUGAAAGGAUUUAAAAGCUCAACGUUUCAUUGUCAUCUCUGUUCUGCAUAAAGCUUCACUCUGUAUUCCCCUCCUUUCAUCAAUUACUGACCAGCAGGGCUGAAACAAUUCAAAGUGAUUGAUCGAUUAUGGAAAUAAUUCUUUGGUUACUGCUUAAUCUGCUUAAUAAAGACUCCAUAAUAUGCCAUUUGGAGGAAAAGAAACUCAUUCAUAGAAGCUAUUAUGCCAAAAUUAUAAAAAAAAAUUAAAUAUGAAUAAGCUCUAUCCAUAUCCACUGACAAAGGGGCAAAAUUUUAGCUUCAGUUGCUUUAAAGUCUGAAUAAAAUCCUCCUUAAGUCGCUUUUUUCUGUCCAAUUAUUAAUCGAUUAAUCAAAAAUAAUAAUCAAUUAUUAAUUGAUUAGCAAAAUAAUGAUUACUUUGUGCCCUAAUGACUCCAGUUCCCCUGCAAAAAGAAAAUAAUUGAUGCAGCAUAAUACUGCCAUCGCCAUGCUUCGUCAUGGGGAGGCCUCUUUCAAGGUUAGUUUUCCACAACAUGCAGAAUUUUGCAUGAAGGCCAAGAAAUUUGGACUCAUCUGGUUGAACAAGAAUGAUUAAAUUUCACCUAUUCAUGCAUCAUUUUUUUAUUUAAUUAAAAAAAAAAUCUGCAUCACAUCAUUAUUUUAUGAAGUAGCAAAUGAUCAGCAAUCAGACCUGCUCAAAGUAAUUAUAUUUGUGUAUAGAAGAACAAUUUAAUUAAUUUAUUUAUAAAACAGCGCCAAUUCACAACACAUGUCAUAUCAAGACGUUUUACAAUUCAACCACAUCACACAGUCAAAUUGAUUCAAAGUUUCCUAUUUGCAUAUAUUAACAAUGCAGGUCGUGGUGCCUGAAAGUUCAUUAACGAAAUCUUCCUUCCUAACACCACCGUUAAUUCUUUUAGCUGAAAUCUGUUUUAUUUUUAAAUAUAAUCCCAUUUAUAAAACAAAUUAGAAACUUUCACAUUUAGAUUUCUGUCAUUUUUUGCCAAAAAUCCUCAUAACUAUUUUCAAAAUGUACAGUAAAGGUGGUUCUUCUGCAAUUCUUAACUGCAUCCUAAUUCUUUAGUUAACUUAUAUUUGUCUCAUAAAAUAUUCAUUUUCUUGUCCUACAGAGGAUUACAAUCAGUUCUCAUCCUGAAAUUGCAAUUACUGCUGCCAUUCCAUGUUUCGGUUCUUUAUGCUUUGUGGAAGUUUCAUUACUAAUGGUUCAUUAACAGCUAAUAAAACUGCUCUUUUAAAAUAUUUACAAUUGACUAAUUAAAUCCUGAUAUAUAAUCUAUGUUUCCUUCACUCAGCGGAUGACAGCUGAUCACACUAAUUGAUUCGCUUCUUAAAGCUGCAGGCCAUAACCUCAAACAUCUGGAAAAUAUGACUCAUAAACUAAUAAAAAAAAAACUCUGUUAAUCAUUACGGAGAUAGUUUCCUGACCAGUUUCUAAGUGUCACAUUUGAUCAUUUCUCUGACAUUAAA